AUGAGUUUAUAUCAAUAUUCAUAUAAUUAUCCAUAUUAUUAUCCAAAUCAAAGUCAAUUACAACCACAAAUAAAUCAGAUACCUGGACAAGGAAAUCAAAUAUCACAAGUACCAAUAUCACAAGUUCCAAUAUCACAAGUACCCAUACAGAAUCAAGUAUCGGUACCUGUUACCAAUCAAGUCAAUGGAUAUUAUCCAAAUAAUUAUAUCCAAUUACCAUUCUAUUAUUAUUCCAAUAUUGAAAAGAAAUCAAAAUCUUCAACUACUUGGACUCAAAAGGAAGAUAAAUUAUUAAGAGAAUUAAAAGAACAUCAAAAGUUGGGAUGGAGAGAAAUAUCAACAUUCUUUAACGAUAGAACUCCUAAUGCUUGUCAAUUCAGAUGGAGAAGAAUUAUAAGUUCUAUCAAUGGUAAAACUAAUUCCAGAUCUUCAUCAAUUCUGUCAAUACUGUCAGUCAGCUCAGCAUCAUCAUUAUCAUCUAAUUCUUCGAGUCCAAUACUUAAUAAAAAGACUCAUCAUUCAAUUAAUUAUAUUUUAAAUUAG